CUUAUUGGAAUGGUAUCAAUGGUAUUGUACAAGAUAAGGCACUAGGUGCCGAAUAUUUAAGAAGUGCUGCUUUGGCAGCUCAUCCUAAAGCUAAGAAAUUAUGUAAUGAAUAUGGAAUUUCUUUUUAA